AACUUUGUGUACCAAGUUACUAAAGACAAGUCCCUGACCUUUAUACGAAAUUGGAACAUCGUUGUACUCUGUUCGUUGUUUGCCAUCAGCGACUUUGUGAAUUUAUACAGUCUGAGCUUUCCGCUUUAACGUUGGCUACUGCAGAGAAACCACAGCAAACAUAGAACAGUCAUAUCUACCAGAAUCUCCAGAGCCAACCAAGUUCACAUCUCAUCCCACUCCACUCCUUUCUCCACGAAAUCUCACUGUGCCUACUGCAUUCUAAUAAUGAAGACUUUUGGAGCACUGUGAAAACUUCAGUUACUGAGAAGAAAAAAAGCUUGAAUAUGGAAUGCCAGUGGCUGAAAAGGAAGGGCCUGCAAAUUACUGAAUAAUUUUAGAGAUCAACCAGCAAAAGUGUCUUCGUCUUUAGGGACUCCAGAUUCAGACUUCAAUAUGCACAAGGAAUUUGCUUCCAAUGCACCUACAGAGUAGUGUUCGACUCAUCCCAAGUCUUCCUCUGGCAAGAACUGACAUUAACGCUCAAUGUUCAGAACACUUUAUAUUGUACAGAUGCGGAGAAAAGUGAAAAAAGGGAAAUUCUCCUUCAUUUUAUAAUUUACUGUAUUUCACAAAACUUAAACAUACCAAUGAGUUUAGGUUCUGGAGCAUAAUUCACAAUGGCAGUUCACAAAGAAAUAGAAAUGCCAGAACUCUGUUUAUGGAUGUUUGUUCUAUUUGCCCUUUUAUAUACUGAACAAGUACAGGGAGACUGCUGGCUGAUCGAAGGAGACAAGGGUUUUGUUUGGCUAGCUAUUUGCAGUCAAAACCAGCCACCUUAUGAGUCUAUACCACAGCACAUUAAUAGCACCAUUGUGGACCUUCGGCUCAAUGAGAAUAAAAUAAAGAGCGUCCACUACUCUUCACUAAGCCGAUUUGGUAACCUGACGUACCUCAACCUCACCAAGAAUGAGGUGUCCUACAUUGAAGAUGGAGCCUUUGCUGGUCAGUUCAAUCUGCAGGUGCUCCAGCUUGGCUACAAUAGAUUAAGAAAUCUCACAGAGGGAAUUCUUAGGGGGCUGGGCAAGUUGGAGUAUCUCUACCUCCAAGCGAACCUCAUUGAAACUGUGACUCCUAAUGCCUUCUGGGAGUGCCCAAACAUUAUGAACAUUGACUUGUCAAUGAAUCGGAUCCAGAGGCUGGACAGUAACACCUUUGUAAGCCUCAGUAAGUUAACUGUGUGUGAGUUGUACAGUAAUCCUUUCUAUUGCUCAUGUGAGCUUCUGGGCUUCCUAAAGUGGCUGGACAUAUUCACAAAUAUGACACGUACCUUUGACCGAAUGCAGUGCGAUUCCCCCCCGGACUACAGUGGUUACUUUUUGUUGGGUCAAGGAAGAUCUAACUACCGCAAUGCUCUUGGCAUGCUGUCUGCUAUGUGCAAAGACGGUUCAUACACUAUGAUGCCAUAUUUGAUAUCUCCAAGGUACCAAGCCACCACUGGCCCUCCUGAAAGUCCUUGCUCUGAAGAAGACUGUUUUUCUGGAGAUGGGACAACACCCCUCAUUAAUGUCUAUACUCCUCCUGCCAAUUCCAAAGUCAGCCUCAGUGUUAAUUUAAACACAGAAACACAUUCUGACGCAGUUCUAGUUGCAGAAAUUCCAUAUCCUUACAGCAAGAUGUACAUCCUAGUUCAAUACAAUAAUAGCUUCUUUACUGACAUUCGGAACCUGAAGUCAGAAAAAGAGUCCAUUAGGUUGGAUGGGUUGAAACCCAAUACAAAUUACACUUACUGCGUCGCAUCUAUUCGCAACUCUCUCAGGUUCAACCACACCUGCAUAGCCUUCUAUACACGCAGCCAUACCAAACAAGAACAUGUGCCUACGCCUUCCACCGCCACUCACUAUAUCAUGACUAUCCUUGGCUGCCUGUUUGGUAUGGUCAUCAUUCUGGGGAUUGUGUAUUACUGCCUGCGCAAAAGGCGCCAAAAAGAGGAAAAGCACAAGAAAGCCGGUAGUAAUAUGAAGAAAACGAUAAUUGAACUGAAAUAUGGUCCUGAAAUGGAGACCCCCAGUAUCAGUCAGAUGUCCCAAGGUCAGAUGAUGGGUCCCGAAACAAUGUCACGCAUCCCCUAUUUGCCGUCAGUGGGGGAAGUGGAGCAGUACAAACUUAUAGAAACCAGUGGGACACCUAAGGCCACUAAAGGGAAUUACAUGGAGGUACGAACUGGUGAACAGUCUGAGAGAAGGGAUUGUGAGUUGUCAAUGGCCUCAGAUACACAGAGUUCUGUGGCUGAGAUAUCCACUAUUGCUAAAGAAGUGGACAAAGUUAAUCAAAUCAUUAAUAACUGUAUAGAUGCUUUGAAAUCAGAAACCACUUCAUUCCAAGGGGUGAAGUCUGGAGCUGUGUCUACAGCAGAGCCCCAACUGGUAUUAAUAUCAGAACAGAUACCCAGCAAACAUGGCUUUCUUUCCCCAGUAUAUAAGGAUAGUUAUGGUCACCCGUUACAGAGGCAUCAUAGCAUGGAAGGACCAACAAAACGCUCUAGCACAUCUUCCAGUGGCUCUAUCCGCAGCCCCAGAUCCUUUCGGUCUGAAGGAUCAGCACACAAAUCCGAAACAAAAUACAUUGAGAAGACUUCCCCAACUGCUGACACCAUCCUCACUGUGACUCCAGCAGCUGCCAUCUUGAGAGCAGAAGCUGAAAAGAUUCGCCAAUACACAGAGCACCGGCACUCUUAUCCGGGCUCACAUCAGCCUGAGCAACAGCAGCAACAACAACAGCCUCCCCCUCAGCAUGAAAACAUGGGAGGGCGUAAAACUUCAAUAUUGGAACCUUUAACCCGGCCCAGACCCAGGGAACUGGCUUAUUCCCAACUUUCACCUCACUACCACAACCUAAGCUACUCCUCCAGUCCAGAAUAUACAUGCAAACCUUCCCACAGCAUCUGGGAGCGUUUCAAACUCCACCGAAAGCGCCACAAAGAGGAAGAAUACAUGGCAGCCGGCCACGCCCUGCGCAAAAAGGUCCAGUUUGCCAAAGAUGAGGAUCUUCAUGACAUCUUAGACUACUGGAAGGGUGUCUCUGCCCAGCACAAGUCCUGAGUCCUCACCUCUUCCCUUUGCCUCCAGCUACCCGUGACUUAAUUUUUUUGUUUUCUUUAAGAAUUCCUAACCCUGCCCAAGCCAGAGAGCCCAACAGAGCAUUGUGAGUACGGCCCUGUGCAGGGCUCUAGUGGAAAAGAGGUUAACAGGACCAAAAUCAAACUAGCAGCAGCUAAUUUUUAUUCUAAACUGUCUUAAAGAACGGAAAGGAAAAAAAUAUAUACAUAUAUAUGUCAUAUUAUGAAAACAACAGAAAAAAACGUAACUCACUCUCACAAGUGAGAGUAUGCACCAAAUCAGAGAAAAAUAUAUACAUUAAAACUGUGAAGAGGAAUUACAUUUUUUUAAACAAAAGUAUAUAUAUAAAAAAAAAAACAACAACAAAAAAAAUAAAGACUUAAAGAGUGUGCUAGCGGGAGUGGUCCGAACUGUACGCCUAAUCGCAUGUAAUUUCAUAUUCCGACUUGCGUGGUUUGACUCGUGUGGAAUUUCGUUCCUUCCCUUCAUCUCUGCAGGACAAAGCAAAAUUGAAUACAUUAAAUAACAGCAACAGGACUGGAACAUAACUCCUUUUGUUUACGUUAAUUUUAAUUUCAACUGAGUCUUCCAGUGCAGACUUUGAGGAGGCUCUCAUUGAACACCUACAGCUGCAUUUAAAACUGUGAUCACUAUUACACUGUACAGAUACAAAUUUCUAUAUUUGCAAUGAUUGCUGUAAAGAGAGAAAGAGAAAUUAAAUAUGAGAAUAUAUAUAUAUAUAAAUAUACUUAUAGCUUAACUCUUUGGCAGCCUGCGGAACUUGAGGCUUCUUGACAGUCACUGCUAAAGGGUUAAAAAAAAUACCCUGUUUGUAUCAGGUUUUAAUCAUGGGUUUUAGAAACAAAAAAAGUUUUUUUUUAUUAUUUCACUUUAUUUUGUUUAAAAAAAAAUAAGAAUUCUAUGUUUGUUGUUUUCAGGGUUGGUUUCAUUAUCUCUUUGCUGAAUGGCUGUUUUCUGAAAGAGGUAAACUGCAAUGAGAAAUAGAUGACACUCUUACAAAAAUGAA